AUGGAAAAAAUGAUAAUCAAACCCGAAUAUUUUUCCGGUCAAGAAGACAUAAAACAUUUUUUUAAACAGUAUGAAAAGGCGGGAUUAAUAAACAAUUGGGAUGACAAUGACAAAGUAAAAUUUUUAUCCAUAUUUUUAAAAGACACUGCAGGUACAUUUUUAGAAAAUUUGGAAAAUAUUAAAACACAUUGGAAUUGGGUAGAAUUAAAAAAUGAAUUUUUAAAUGAAUUCCAACCGAUUGGUUAUUCUAUCUUAUUAAAAACCAAACUAGAAAAUAGAAAACAGGAAGAUACUGAAUCAAUUAUGAGCUUUGUAACUGAUAUCGAAAACUUAUGUAGAGAUAAUAGUUACGACCGAAAUCAUAAUAGACAAAAUGACAGAUUCAGUAGAGUUCAGAACAGAGACAGAUCUUACUCCAGGGAUAGGAAUUACAAUGAAAGGGAAAUAAAAUAUGACAGAAAUUCUAAUAGAAGUAGAGAUAACAGCAGAUCUAGAUAUUAUAAUAGUGAUCAUACGAGGUACGAACAGAAAGGAGCCAGCGAUAGAUCAAGGAGGGGUGACUACGAUGACGAGGGUAGAAAAAAUGAGUCCAAAAAACGAUAUAACAGAGAAAAUAGUCGAGAAAGAACGCCAGAACGUUAUAAUGGAUACCGUUACGAGAAAGAAUUUGAUAGAGUCACUUGUUACAAGUGUAAUAAAAGGGGACACUAUGCAGAUCAAUGUACAAUUCCAAAAAACGAUUAA